AUGGACAUCAAGCCCAUUCCGGCCUUUUACUGCUGCUAUCUCCUGCGCUCUACCAUUCGCCAUUCGAGUGUUUACGUGGGAUCCAGCCCCGAUCCUGCUCGUCGACUGGCCCAACACAAUGGUCGUGUUCAAGGUGGUGCUGUGCGAACGUCGCGAGCCUCCUUACGUCCAUGGGAAAUGACUUGCAUUGUGGCUGGCUUUCCCUCCAACAUUGCUGCUCUUCAGUUUGAAUGGGCGUGGCAUAAUGCGCACUUGACGCGACAUAUCACGCCCACAGAACGCAUCUCAUUUGCAACCACCCGCACUAAAACCUCAAAAUCGGGCAAAGCAACGCGCCGCCCGGGAAGGCCACGCACUUCCUUGAUGGAUAAACUUUCCAAUCUUCACAUUCUGCUCCGCACCCCAUACUUCUCUAAGUGGCCCCUCGAACUUCGGUUUUUCAAUGAAGAGGUCUAUCGUUCGUGGGUCACCUGGUGUGGAAGGGUAGAUGCUUAUCUUCGUCCUGGUAUCUCAGUCAUUCUUGAUCCAGCACAAACAAAACCCUUGUUGACGGAAGAAUUCACUUCAGCACAGCCAUUAUCAAGAAGCAAAAAAGCAGACUUGAUAGGGAAAGGUGGUGCUGAGGGUGUUGAUCCGACGUAUGCCCGCCUGUAUGACAUUUUCCAAAAAAGCCAGUUCCUGCUGGACGAGGACGAUAGUCACAAUUGUUCGGUGUGUUCCGAGAACUUGGACAUACAUCGCAGUUUAUUCAUCCUUUGUCCUUCAGAUAAAUGUUACGACACCUCUCAUGUCGCAUGCGUUGCGCAGAAAUCUCGUGUCGAAGAUGAGCCCAGUGGGAUUGUUCCUGAAUUUGGAGUCUGUCCCUCCUGUAACGAGAGCCAUCCAUGGCCUGAACUCAUGCGACAGGUGACCCUAAGGACGCGAGGCGAGAAAGAAGUCCAAAAGCUCCUGUCCAAGAAGGCUAAGAGCCGUGCUGCCACUGCUGCUGCAAUAUUGGAAGCCGAGAGUGAAGAGGAAGUCAUGAACCAGGAUGAUUUGACUGCUCAAGAUAUUGCUGAUGAGGAGGGUGGUCUGAGUGACUAUGUCAACUACGACGACGAUGACGAUGCCUCCGUAGCCUCCAUGGAUUCAACCUUCAGCAAGAACUCUAAACAGGUCUUGGAGCUUUCUCCCACCAAAAAGCCCUCCAAGCUGGAAAUUGUGAUAGAAGAUAGCGAGGAUGGAGGAUGA